UCUGUUUAUUUGGCAGCCCAGCUAUACCCCUUGACCUCUACUGCGUUAGCAUCGGCCCACGUUAUCCUCCCCCCAGAGUCUCUCUAUAUAAGCCCCCUGGCCUCAUCGUGCUGCACCCAUCCCUCUACUGCCCCUUCUCCUCCCUCAGCCAGGCCGUCAUCAUCAUGAGAGGACUAGUGUUGUUGCUGAGCGCGGCGGUCGCGCUGUGUGGGGCUGCGCCCGCGCUGGAGCCUGUGACCUGCAGCGUGGACGGGUUGGAGACCACAGCCGUCCGCUUCGCCAUCCAGCAUAUCAACCAGCAACAGGACCAUGGCUACAAGUUCAAGCUGUCAGAGGUCAUCGUCGUAAGCCCGACUCAGAAAGUACAAGGGUGUUCGAUCGUGAUGAGGGUGAACCUCCAGGAGACCAAAUGCCACAGCUCCGACCCCAAACACUUUGAGGACUGUGAAGUCCGUCAUGCCGGGGGAACGGUUGUGAUGGCAGGCUGUGUGGUUGUGUUAUCCGUCCAGGGAGAUGUCGCAUCGGUCGUUUCACAUAAAUGUGGAACUACUAAAGAUGAGGAGGAGUUGAGGAUGUGUCCGGACUGUCCCAGGCUGCAGAAUCUUACUAAUGUCGAAGGUCUCCAAAGAAUAGGGGGAGUGAUUAGGAAGUACAACGUCUUAAACGCAACAGAACACUACUUUGUCCUAAGUGACGUGGGAAGAAUGAGCGCAUCGUACAUCAUGGGAGUGGGGAUGAACUAUGUGGCUGAGUUUGCAAUGGUGGAGACUCACUGCCCAGUGGGAUCCAGGAUAGCCCCUGAGGCAUGCACUCCCCUCUGUCCUGACAGAGCUCGUCAUAUCUUCUGCAGGAACAGUGAAAACCCUAGAGGUAGCCGCCUUUACUGUGAGACGUAUCCAGCUGUGAACAAGGUGGACCUGCAGCCUGGGAUGAUCGAGCCAACCUGCCAUCAACUGCCCCGUUUCAACCCCGCAGUCCAAUGCACUGAGGGGCCGGCACUCAAGGAUAUCCAUCCUAUCUGCAGCUGGCCCCGCCAACCACUAAGGAGCUAGACACACACACACACACACACACACGCACGCACACGCACACGCACACACACACGCACACACGCACACACACACACACACAUAUGGAUGCACACUCACACACAUCGAUUUAAACUUCUGAAAUAUGCCUGAGAUAAAAAAAGAGGAUGAGAUGGAGUGGAUGUAAAGGUGUGGACGACUUUAGGGAAGAUGAGGUGCUAUUGUAGAAGCCUGACACCUUGUGGACAUUUGCAGUAAUCUCAUGUAAACUUGACUUCAUUGCAAUAUUAAACUGCCAUGGAGAAUCGGAGGCUGAGGUAAUAAAUGGACUGAACUGAA